AUGAGAGCCACAAUUAUAAAUCAAAGUUACAAAAUUCCAGCUUUUAUAUUGAGGUCUACAAUGAAGGUCGCCGUCGGUCAAUUAUGUUCAUCUUCAAACAUCAAAAACAAUCUUCGUACCGUGUACAAAAUCCUUAACUUAGCGGUACAAAAUCAAGCUCGUAUUCUUUUCCUACCAGAAGCCACAGACUACUUGGCUCAAAAUGCAAAGCAUUCAUUUCAAUUGUCACAACAAGUUAACUCAGCAUUCCUUACUCCGUUACUCGAUCAUAUUAAGGCCCUAGAUAAAUCUACGUAUGUGUCAAUUGGUAUCCACUUGCCCAAUGCUGCUUCCACCAAGGUUGAAAAUGUUCAUUUGUUAAUUGAUCCAAAGGGAACUAUUGUAUCGAGGUAUCAAAAAUUGCAUUUGUUUGAUGUGGAUGUACCUAAUGGACCGAUACUAAAAGAGUCCAACUCAGUUGAAGCAGGAAAUCAGAUCAUUCUGCCAACUUCAAUUGAUGGCGUUGCCAAUGUCGGCCUUUCAAUUUGCUACGAUAUAAGAUUUCCCGAACUUGGUUUGAAAUUACGUCGAUUGGGAGCAAAUAUCCUUACGUUCCCAAGUGCAUUCACCACUAAAACAGGUGAUGCACACUGGGAAGUGUUGAGCAAAGCUCGUGCAUUGGAUUCACAAAGUUUUGUUGUCAACGCAGCACAAUGUGGCCAUCAUGACGUUGGAGCCAAUGACAGGGGGGAUGCGGUGGAGAGGGUUAGUUAUGGUGAUUCCAUCAUUGUUGACCCCUGGGGUACUGUAUUGGCUAGGGGGAAGAAGUUUGAUGAUAAAGAUUUGACUGUUGAUGAGAACGGGGAUUACUUUGAGGUCAUUUACACCGAUUUGGACUUUGACCAUUUGAACAAAGUGAGGACCAAUAUGCCGUUAUUACAGCAUCGAAGAGCAGAUGUGUUUGGUGAGUUGUAG